UGGCGGGAAACCGAGAAACCCACGUGCUGUCGGCGUGCGGUUACCCUUUCCCCUUCCCGGCCUCUGUUCCCACCUGAGUAGUAGUACUGCUUGGUGAGAUGACGACUCUCGCCGGAUUGAUUCGACGGCGUUUUGCCAGAUCGGUUCCGACUCCGCUGAAUUACAAACGCGGUGCACCGUCGCGAAGAGGAACUCGAUUGCUGAGCGGUGAAGCUAAGUCGAAUCGGGACGAGUUUCCGGUGGAGAACGCCUACGAUAUCUUGAAUGUCUCCGGCAGCAGUUCAAUUGCAGAGAUCAAAGCAUCGUUUCGCAGACUCGCCAAGGAGACUCAUCCUGACCUGGUCGAUUCGAAGAAAGAUCCUUCCAAUUCGAUACGUUUCGUUCAGAUUCUCGCCGCUUAUGAGAUUCUUUUAGAUUCUGAGAAGAGGGCACACUAUGAUAGAUAUCUGUUAUCCCGGAGGAUGGUGAUGACGAAACAUUCUACACAAGGGUAUACGCUUCACAGGUAUAAAACAAGAUUGACAUUGAGUCAAGAGAUGGAAGUGGUUGAGUGGCUGAAGUGGUAUAGAGAAGCAAUACAUGAUAUAGUAUUGGAGAAGAGAGUAGCAAAUGGUACAGGCUACUUGGAUGAACUUGAAGAAGAUUUUUAUUCAGCCAUCCGAGCUGCAUACUUUGGGCCUGAUGUAGAAUCUGUGGAGCUUCUUCCUGAUUGUUUUGAAGCUGAGGAAAGGUCUGUGUAUGACACACGAGAGGUUUUGCACUUGGUGUCAGGACGGGAUCUUUUUGGCAUGGUCUGCUUGGUAGAUAAUUUUCUUGAGCUGUCUUUUGAUUGCUCCAAGAAGUUGGCUUUGUCUUCAUUUAUGGAUUCGGACCUGGGUCAAGAAGUUGAUAAAGGCAAAUGUGACAUGAAAUCUGAUGAAAGAAUUGGUCUUCAGAUAUCUCAUAUACAAUCCUCAAGAAAUAAAAAUCAUGUUUCGGAUGCAUAUAAAGAUAUUCAGCUGCAUGUAUCUGGAAGAGUUGUUGCUACAGCCAUUAGGAUUCCCCCAAAAGGGUAUUGCAAAGAGAAUAAAAUUGAGGGUGAUAACGAUCUCAUACACGUUUUCCUCAACUCAAAUGAAGGAUCUAGUCAUGGCCCUGAAUCUGUAUCAUAUCAGGGAAAUGAAAGUGGUGGUAGACUUCUUGUUGGAACUAUAAGUGGUCUUGGAACAAGCCCAGAUGAAGGCUCAUGCUAUGUCUAUGAUGGGAAUGGUGCUAAGACUCAUGUGCUAAUGAAACAUAGGACAUUUCUGGUGAGACAUUUGCACUGGUACAGAAUUGGGGAAAAGGUUUCCGUUUGCGAGUGUAGAUGCAGUAGAGCGAAAUUACCACCAAGCAAGUUUUGGUUGUUUGAGCCUCGUUGUGGUUUGCAUGAUGUCGGAGGAUGGUAUAUUGAAACUUAUGGGAAAGAUAAAAAGAGUCGGACAGUCCUGGCACAAAGAUUCUGGGAUGGACUGGAAGAGGGGAGUACACUGGCUGGGAGACUGCACCCUGGUAUCUACUUGCUUACACUAGCGUACCGAACUCUUGAUCUUGAAGAUGAAAAGAGAAGGAAACGGUCAGUGUUGGAGAUCACUGAGGCAUGGCUAUCUAAAACAUUGGAUUGGUGUAAAAAAUUGGUUAGAAGUAAGGACCUAGGAACUUAAAAAGGUUAACCUUCGUACUUUUCGAGAAAGAUCACAACCGCAUUACCUACCUUGGAACUUAAAGAGGUUAAUCUUUAGUGUCUCUCUCAAGAUACACAACCGCAAUAUCUGUAAAUUUCAAGUGGGUUUGGGUUCUCUUUCCGCCAACAGAGUCAACAUUCCAAAGAUGGAGUGUUUAAUGGUUUUAAGGGGAUUUUGGAGGGUGUCUCAGACCAGAAGGUGGUUUUGAACCCAGGAUGGGCGGGACCAGAAGAAACUGGCUUCUCAUAAGAAAUAGUGAAACAAAUGCAUUGUGUUGUGGAAUGAAAUCAUGUGUACUAAAGAACUUUGAUUCAAAGUGACUCAUUAGACUUGUACAAAAUAUUAUAUCUAAUGAAACUAGACUUGAUUUUCAAUAGAAAAUAAAACCAGACUUGGUUCUUCA